AUGUCGCCUGAAGAAACCCCGCCUGGAACGUUGCCCAUGCCACCGGAUGCCACCGGAUGCCUUGCCGUCGAGACUCUCCUCCAUAUCUUUCACUUUCUUCUUGAAGUGAACCCCACCAAGGCUUUACUCGACCUUCCUUCAAACAUAAUAUUCCAGAUGCGGCCUUACAGCUCAGACGAGACGAGUCGCAGCCGUUCACGAUCCCUUAUGUACUGGCGACUAGGCUGGAUCACGGUUACGCAGGUAUCUUCUCGAUGGCGAACCAUUUCCCUGGAGGAUGCCUCACUCUGGACGCGCGUCCCCCUCAACCUCGGACACGUCUGGGCAUACGCCUUUGCCGAGCGCAGCCAACCCGGGCCGGUCAGGAUCACAGUACCUCCCGCGCACGAAAAGUGGAUGACAUAUUUCAUACAUGACGUCCACUCCCGUAUUCACACUCUUGAGGCUCCCGAUUGCCUUCCUACAAAGGCUCUCUCCGGCAUUGGAGCUCUUGGUGAUGAGUCUUGCCAGCGCUCUUCCCUGGAGAGACUCGUCAUCCAAAAGAACCCCAUUGUCAUCACGAAAUUCUGGUUACGCCUCUUUGGGACAUCACAACUCAAGGAAUUAGUCCUUCAACUCCCUUCCAGUAAAGCCGAUGAGUUCCCUUGGGCCAUCGUAAGGCUCUCCAAUCUCACACUUCUCGACCUCGAGUUUGGCGUCGGUGUUGGCCUCUCGCCUUCGUCACACUUCCAUCUCGGGACCGCGCUUCGAGGUUUGAAAACGCUUACUACCUUUCGAUUGCACUGCACCGGAUACGACCAUUCGCAUCACUAUCAAGUACAACGUUCGUCUCCCGAUAUGGAUGCCAUCGAUUCCUUUUAUUGGGAUAAUCUCGAGCGACUGGAUGUACGUGUAGACGCUUGUACCGUCAUUCUACUCGCUACCGCCAUACGAUACCCAACCUCCGCGGUUGUACGCCUCGAGACUACCAAUUCAAACGUGUCAGGUCUUUUCAAAAGGAUAUUCAUGCCUUUCGUCGUCGAGCGACACGGGUCCUCUGCUACGAAGAGACUCUCCAUCGAGGAGACGCAGUCAACUACCGACCUGACUGCUCGGAUCUCAGUCAAAGGGGUCGACGCGGCAGGUCCGGAGUCUUCCAAGCGUCUGCUCUCCUACGCAACGAUAUGUCCCAAGCACUUCCGCGUCGGUCUCACACAGUUCACCGCCGACGUAGGACCCGACUCUAUCCAGGAAUUGGAGCUAGACCUUCCUGAACGUUUCGAUCUCGAGUACUGCGCCUGGCUACCAUGUCUAGGUAGCCUCUGUGAAAUCACACAUCUCUACGUACGCAUACCCGGUUGUUGGAAGACCCGCGAUAUACGCCAAGCGAGGUCUCUUGCAGGUCUCUUACAGCAGCUCCUCCUCCCACCGUCCUCGACGAGCUACUCGAAGUUCCCCAAACUUCGCAUGUUGGAGUUGAAGGAUUCACGCGCUGGUCCGCUAUUAAGCAGGAACUUUGGAGCCGUGGCUCCCGUUGACGAGCUCAAUACUGCAGUUGCAGGGAUGUUGGACGAGAUUUCGGAGGCACGUCGGCAGUCUGGGAUGGCGAUUCGUGAUGUUUACAAGUUGUGA